UGGAGCUAAGAAGAGAUUAGUGUUUUACUGAACUUGAGUAAAGCUAGAUCAAGAGUUACAGAGUGAAAAAAGUAAUCGAGACAAAAUGAAGACCGCUACACUUUGUCUUGUUGUGGCUGCAGUAUUUGUAUAUGUGAGCGCCAAGCCUCAGCAGCCUCCUGCUGCACCAGCAGGUCAGCAGGUGGCUGCCGCUGGACAGGCGGCUGGACAGGCGGUAGGACAGGCGGCUGGACAAGCGGCAGGACAAGCUACUCCUGGAGCGCAAGCCGGCCAAGCACCCGGUGGUGCUCCAUCUGGCGCGCCAGGCGCUGCCAACAGUGCCGCUCCUACAGCUAACACCGCUGCUGGUAACCCUGCUGGUGCUGGUGCCCCCAGUGGCGCUCCUAGUGGUGCUCCUAGUGGUGCCCCUAGUGGUGCUCCCAGUGGUGCCCCUAGCGGUGCUCCUAACGCUGCAUCUCCAGCUGCUGCUGGAGCCAACCCUGGCGCUAACCCUUCUGCUGCUGGAGGCUCAGCGAAUCCAUCUUCAAACCAACAAAACUGUAACAAACAUCAUCGGCGAGGCCAUGAAGGAAGGAAAGACCAUGGUGGAUUUCUUCGCACAAAGGUUCAUUCCGGGUUUCCAGGGAUAAGGCAAUUCUUCCAACGAACAGUCCCCGUACAAUAAAUUCACAACUGAACAGGAUUUGCAACACUGAACGAUAAUGUAUUACCGACUGUAGUAUUUGUUAGGUUACUUAGAUUUUAGACAAUAAAUAUUCAAAACACA